AUGGGGCGAGAGCAGGAGCUGAUCCAGGCCGUGAAGAAUGGGGACGUACCCAGCGUGCAGAAACUGGUGGCUAAGAUCAAGGCGUCCAAGAGCAAGCUCCUGGGAUCUGCCAAGCGCCUGAACGUGAACUACCAGGAUGCGGACGGGUUCUCGGCGCUGCACCACGCGGCCCUGGGCGGCAGCCUGGACCUCAUCUUGCUGCUGCUGGAGGCACAGGCCACCGUUGACAUCAAGGACAGCAACGGGAUGCGCCCCCUGCACUAUGCGGCCUGGCAGGGGCGCGUGGAGCCAGUGCGGGUGCUGCUGCGUGCCGCCGCCUCCGUCAACAUGGCCUCGCUGGACGGGCAGAUCCCACUGCACCUCUCCGCGCAGUACGGGCACUACGAGGUGUCGGAGAUGCUGCUCCAGCACCAGUCCAACCCCUGCCUCAUCAACAAGGCGAAGAAAACCCCCCUGGACCUGGCCUGCGAGUUCGGGCGGCUGAAGGUGGCCCAGCUGCUGCUGAACAGCCAUCUGUGCGUUGCCCUCCUGGAGGGACAGUCCAAGGAUGCCACCGACCCCAACUACACCACCCCGCUGCACUUGGCAGCCAAGAACGGGCACAAGGAGAUCAUCAGGCAGCUGCUGAAGGCCGGGAUCGAGAUCAACAAGCAGACGAAGACGGGCACAGCUCUGCACGAGGCCGCGCUCUACGGCAAAACAGAGGUGGUGCGGUUGCUGCUGGAGGGCGGCGUUGAUGUGAACAUCAGGAACACCUACAACCAGACGGCGCUGGACAUCGUGAACCAGUUCACCACCUCCCACGCCAGCAAGGACAUCAAGCAGCUGCUGAGAGAGGCAUCAGGAAUCCUGAAGGUCCGAGCUUUGAAGGAUUUUUGGAACCUCCAUGACCCAACUGCUCUCAACAUCCGGGCAGGAGACGUCAUCACGGUCCUGGAGCAACAUCCGGACGGGCGAUGGAAGGGGCACAUCCACGAUGCUCAGAAAGGCACCGAUCGGGUCGGGUACUUCCCCCCCUCCAUCGCUGAAGUCAUCAGCAAGCGAACAGGCAUGGUUGUCCCCCGCGUGGCACCCGCGCACCAGCGCCAGGGUUCCCCCGGGGCCCUCCCGGCCCCCGCCGGCGGGCCGCAGCACCUCCCCGACGAGUGUCCUCAGCAGGCAGCCCCGAGCGUCCCAGCGGCCCAUGGCCACCUCACCCUAACCCGGACGGCCCCGGGCCCUGACAGCUCAGCAGCAGGAGACAGGAACAGCGUGGGCAGCGAGGGCAGCAUCGGCAGCAUCCGCAGUGCCGGCAGCGGCCAGAGCACCGAGGGCACCAACGGGCAGAGCACCAGCAUCCUCAUCGAGAACGCCAGGCCGCUGCCCUCCGCCGGCGAUGACCUCCAGCAGCACCUCUUGGGAUCGGAGCCACCCUCUCUGCCAGGGCCACAGGGCCACCAGACCCUGGGCAGCUGUCCUGCUGGAGACAGGGUCUUCUCCCACCAGUUCUUGCGGCCUGAGCAGCUCCUCGAGGGGAAGGACGCAGAAGCCAUUUACAACUGGCUGAGUGAGUUCCAGCUGGAGUCGUACACCGCCAACUUCCUCAAUGCCGGCUACGACGUCCCCACCAUCAGCCGCAUGACCCCGGAGGAUCUGACAGCCAUUGGCGUGACCAAACCAGGCCACAGGAAGAAGAUCUCCACCGAGAUCGGGCAGCUCAGCAUCGCCGAGUGGCUGCCCAACUACAUCCCGGCUGACCUGAUGGACUGGCUCAGUGCCAUUGGGUUGCCCCAGUACCACAAAAAGCUGGUGAACAAUGGCUACGACUCCAUCACCAUCGUGACGGACCUGACGUGGGAGGAUCUGCAAGAGAUUGGCAUCAACAAGCUGGGCCACCAGAAGAAGAUCAUGUUGGCUGUCAAGAAGCUCAGAGACCUCCGCAAAAGCCUCAACCAAGCAGAAGCAACUCUGGCAAGACGCAAAGUCCCCGGUGCCCUGGACAUCGUCACCAUUGAGUCUCUGGAGAACGGGGAGUGCCAGUCCCCGCACACCCCCAAAAUGACGACCUUCCAGGACAGUGAGCUCAGCUACGAGCUCCAGACGGCCAUGUCCAACAGCUGCCACGAGACGCUCGGCAUCAAGAGCAGCCAGGGGAUGUCACGGAGCCAGGAGAGCAUCGGGGUGCGGUCCCGGGGCUCGGGGCACUCGCAGGACAACGUGCUGUCCCGGCACCUCUCCAGCCCCUCGCAGGAGAGCCUGGGCAGCGGGGAGAGCAGCAGCAGCAGCGGGCAGUCCUGCGCGCCACCCCGCAGCAAGGAGAGCCCAGCCAGCCUGCCGGGACGGCCCAGCCCCGAGCCCUACGGGAAGCUCGUCUCCCCCGAGGGGCUGAUCAGCUAUGCCAACGGCGGCGGGGGCAGCCCUCUCAAGGAGAGGAACCUGCCCGAAGGCACGGAUCAGCACGCCCGGCCGGUGGCUCAGAAGGGUGCCGGGACACCAGCGGUCACCCCCUGUACCCCUCCCCAGACCCCCAGCAAGGCGACAGCCCCGUACGUCUUCAUGUACCCACACGUCUCCUUGAAAUCCCCGACGGUCCCUUCCCUGCUGGGAGCGGAGCAGCCCAAGGCCCUGGCGCACCCAUACCCUUCCAUCUCCUCCGGACAGAAGAGCAGCCUGCAGACGUCGGCCCAAAAAGCCUUCUCCUACCUGCACAGCCACACCCUGGGCUCCUACGCCACCCUGACGCGGCGACCGGGCCGCAGCUGGAUGCCACGGGCCUGUCUGCAGACGGACGCCAAGGUGACCCGCAGCCAGUCCUUUGCCAUCCGGGCCAAGCGCAAGGGCCCUCCGCCGCCGCCUCCCAAGCGCCUCAGCUCUGUCUCCAGUGCCCUCGCUGCCGAGGCAGACGGCGAGCAGCCCCCCAACCCCGAGCGGCAGCCCGCAGCCCCCCCGGACGUGGCUGACGCGGGUGACAGCCCCGGUGAUGCCGGCCGCAGCAGGACAGUGAAGAGCCUGGCGGCUGCACUGGAGGGGACGCCGGGGGCGAGUCCGCCCAAGCCCCUCCUGGCCCCGAAACCGCUGCAUGCGGCUCAGGACUGUCUCCCCGGGGCAGAUGUGAACAAUGAGGCCUACGAUGGUGGUGACACCAGCAGUGCCACGCUUUCUGACACUGGCAAGGACCCCUUUGAGAGCAGCAAGCCACGGAGACGGACGUUCAGCGAGCCCAGCGCUCCCAUGACGGAGGUGGCUGUGCAGGGCGGGCGGGAGGACGCCUGCUCAGACACGGAGGAGGAGGCCAAGCCGGGGGUCUCCUCCUCAUCCUCCCAGAACAGCUCCAGCGAGUGCAUCCCCUUUGCAGAAGAAGGCAACUUAACCAUCAAACAGCGGCCAAAGCCCACCGGGCACCCCAAGGCCGACGCAGCCGAGCCGCCUGUGCUGGAGUUCAACCUCACCGAGUCGGACACGGUGAAGCGCCGGCCCCGCUUCAGGGAGCGGGAGCCGCUGCAGGCGGUGCUGAAGGCAUUCAGCAUGGCGGGGCAGGCUGAGGCGGGGGCCAGCCCUGUGCCCCAGUAUGCCCAGGCCCAAGCAGUGAGCAUCACGGGCCCUGCCACGCCGGCACCAGCGCCGCGGGCCGGGCUGGCCGGGGAUGCCUUUGAUGACGACAGCGUGGAGUUCAGGAUUGCUGAGAUAGAGAAAAGCAUCUUGUCGCUGGAGAAGGGGAUCAAGAAGGCACCGAGCCCCACCAAAGCCACCAGCCCCGCGGAGCUGCUCAGCACCACCGUGGUGAGGACGCCCGCUCCAGACGUCCCCGCCAAGCACACCUCCGUGGCGUCCACCAAGCUGGUCUUCUCCGGGCCCAAGACCAUCUACCAGCAGGUCCUGCAGCCCUCCCACCACACCGUUGCUCCCUGGACGGCCGCCGAGGCGGUGCCGGAUGUGAUCGGGUCCCUGGCCGGCCCCGGCUCACUGACGCUGGAGGCGGGCAGCAAGGUGUCGGCGAAGCCUUUGGCAGCUGCCCCGGGGGCCGCCCUGGCCCAGCAGCGGCUGGAGCAGACCAACUCCACCCUGGCCGCCGCGCUGCAAGUGGCGGAGAAGAAGAUCACGGUGGAGGAGGCGGAGAGCCACCCCGGGGCCGUGCACUCGGCCAAGAACAUCCUGGAAGACAUCAGCAACAUGUUCGACGACCUGGCCGACCAGCUGGACGCAAUGCUGGACUGA